AUGUCUUUGGAAGAAGUCUGGCUCUCUGCAGCUGCAAACCCCUUCUACCCAACCGUCCCAACUAAGUCUCAAUUCUUUACAGCCUUGGUGCUUCUGCUAGCAGGCUUUGUCCUUACUGGCAUCUUCGCUAUAAAUCGCUCCGCGCUUAACAUCGCUAUCCUUGGGGUUCCAGCCUCUUUGGCUUUCGGAUUUGGUGCGGUGUUCAUGAUCUGUGCCGUGGGGGCUCCCACUGCCUUUGCCCCUCUGCCACCAGUGAUUACAAUGGAUACCAGCAGUGCACCUGUUCUCUCAGCGGUUUCGACCUCUGUUGGCCAGCUUUAUACCCUUCUCAAAUGUAUCGGGUUUUCUCGUCAGGCGUCUGUUCAAAUAACCCCACAAGGUAUCCGAUUCUCAGUCGAGGAAGGGAGGGUUUUGCAAGGGCUUGCCUUCCUCGACAAGGCACUCUUCACAAGUUACAUUUUCAAUGUUCGAAAUGUCGAUAAUGGCGUUACCCAGCCCGAGGAAGAUGGCGACUUUUUCGACACGUCCCUAUAUCCCAGAUUUACCAUUUCUCUUUCCGCCCUCCUUGAGACUCUACAAAUUUUUGGCAUCAACGAUUCAUCACAAGGUCCCAAUCAAAUGAUCAAUGCAACAAACACCCAAUCCAUAAACGCAUUCUCAACUCCCGCCCUAGGCAUGCAUCAUUCUUGCACCAUCAGCUACCUUCGAAAGGGGUCUCCUCUAUGCAUUACGCUGGCCGAGGGUGGGAUUACUACAACAUGCGAGUUAACCACAUAUGAGAUUGAGGAUUCUUCGUUGGACUCUACGCCUGGAGAAUUUGAUAUCCCUCUGCAACGUGAUGCCAUCGUCUUCAAAAUAAUUAUGCGCUCGACAUGGCUUCAUAACGCAAUUGUGGAACUAGACUCGACUUCUCCUACCGUUUUAUCCCUCUCUGCGUCUCCUAACAAGGCUCCAUUCUUUGCCUUAUCAGCCUCUGGUGGCCCGUUCAGUGAAUCAACUGUUGAAUUUGCCAUCGACAAGGAAUCAUCAGAUGGCGUUGACCCCGCCUAUAAAUCAUUCAAUGAAGAUGGAAGCUCCAGGCAGCCUAGAAGAGGCAAGCUUGCGCCCACCGUCACUGAAACAUUUCUCGUUCAACCACCGUCUUCAAAGUCUCGAGUGAAACAGCGGUAUAGAUUCUCCCUUGUGCGAAAGGCCUUACAGGCUAUGGGAGCCUCUAGCAAAGUAAGCAUCCGAGGAGAUGAGCAAGGCGUUCUAAGUCUUCAAUUUAUGAUCGAACUGGGUGAUGGGGCUGGUGCUGAUACGUCAUUGGGUUCAUCUACCCAAGCAGGGACUCGAACUGCUGUGGGAAAUGUUAGUUUUAUUGAUUUCCGAUUCGUACCAUUGGUUGAUGAGGAUGAUGGGGACCAUGAAGGUUCUGAAAAUGAGUAA